AACGAGGCCUUGAACCCAUUUUAUGGACUCAUUUCUUACUGAACACCAUAAAAUAUUAAAAUUCCAACCGUAUAAAUAAGGAGGGGAAAGAACUGUGCAUUUCCCAGCAGAAGUGGCCUCUCCAGAGACUCUUCCCAAGAGAUGGAGCAGAGACGCAGCCUCGCCGUCCCCUGUGGAGCGCCCAUCCUUGCUAUUUCCUUCCUGGCAUGUGUGGCCACAGCUUUGGAACUAUCUGUAAAUAACCACGCUGCUGACUUCACCCUGUCUACAACGCUUGUCCCUGCCAUCUCCCUCUCGUGCCUUGUACACAACAGCAGCCAGGCCGAGGAGCUGCUCUGGUACCGUGGAGAUGGGCAAGUGGGUCUGAACGCUGGCAAUAAAGUGAACAUCAGCAACAUCUGCAUAUCCCCAGUCAAUGAGUCUGACAACGGAGUCACCUUCACGUGCAGGCUGGCACGGGACAAGUCUGUGCAGCUGUCUGUGAUCCUGGAUGUCCAGUUUCCUCCCCAGCUGAGUGGAGAGGAGACCCUCCACGUGGAAGAAGAAAAAGAUGUUACUCUGACCUGCAACUCCAAAUCCAACCCUCAAGCCCAAAGCACCUGGCUGAAGGACAACCACAGCUUGACCCUGCAGCAAAGUCAUCACGAGGUGUACCAGAACAGUGAGAUCUUUCGGCUCUCCAUCAAAAAAGUGCAGAAGUCUGACAAUGGGACCUACACCUGUGUGGUGGAAUCACCCCUGGGAUAUGGGACAAAGGAUUUCCACCUCAUAGUUGAAGAUAAAAAAGCUGUUUUCCCCACGGAGGCUGUUAUUGCUGCUGCAGUGGUGGUUUCACUCACAAUACUUUUUGGAAUUGUGGCUCGAAAAGAUACAAUUUUUAAGUGCUUCAAGAAACCAAGAGAAAUAGCUCUGAGUUGAUUUCUCACGUCUUCCAUUCAUCUUGCUGCAGGUAAACACCCAGAAAACAUAACUUCUAGUGGUCAACCAAAGCCAUAGUGUGAGAUGAUGAGAUAAAGCACUAAAACAAUUUUUGAGAUCAACUUUAUAUGUUUUUUUAAAAAUAUAAGUGGUUCUUUGUGUCUGUUGAUUCUAACCUGCUGCUUAGAGGGUCACUGGGAAACCCUUCCUUGGAACAGCAUUGAGGCAGGUGGGCUGCAUGAGAUGAUGCCAUGCUU